UAAAAGAUGUCAAAGGUUUGAUACAAAGUACAGAUUUCUUACUAUGCCUACCAAGUGUUUGAUAAAAGGUGUGAAAGAGUUGUGCUGCAAAGCACAGACUUCUUGCUGCAUCUGCGAGCCUGAGCAUCUGAUAAUCUAAAUGCAGAAUCUCCAUUCACACGAUAGCUUGGUUGAUGCAAACAGCAAAAGGAUGGAAGCCUGUCAGACAGCCAAGAGACCAUCCCAACCAUGAACCCAGGAUCUGGUAAUCUAAGCCUUGCUUCUUCUGGUCGGCUGAGAACGAUCCUCUACGGUUCUGCCCAGUGAAGGUUUGAAACUGUUAAUCACGAUCUAGUCCCUUGGCCAUAGUUCAUCCACCAGGCUUGAUUUCCUGUCUCCUUAGAACUCAAGGAUACAGAGGUACGAGCCUAUAGAACAGAUCCUGUUCAAGUAAGGUCGUGUCCAUCCAUCUUCUUCAGUAAUUCAUAUUGGGGUAUCCGGCUUAAUAGGUCUCCGGUGUGGGACAAAUUUCCAUCUUUUAACAGUGUGUUCUUUGCGUUGUUUUGUCCAGUAUUCUUUCUGAUAUUGGUGAAGUUUAAUCACUGCACAGGUCUGUUUACCACCAUUAUCUCAACGCCUCUCGAGGUGUGAGAUCCAAACAGUAAAGAAUGGGUAUUUCAGCUCUGAUUUUGCCCCAAUAAUAACAGCAGAAUGCAUUUCUUGCUUGCAGAAUAAAAUGAUCCAAUACAGAAUCUCACAAAGCAUGAAAAAGGAUAAUGAAACAACUGCGUUUGCCGGGAGUUAAACCCGGGUCUAUUGCUUGGAAGGCAAUUAUCAUAACCGUUGGACUACAAACGCCAUUGCUGUGACAAGUUCUCGUGUUCCAUCCAAGUAUUGAUAAAAGGUAUGAAAGGGUUGAUGCAAAGUACAGAUUUCUUACUAUGCCUACCAAGUGUUUGAUAAAAGGUGUGAAAGGGUUGCUGCAAAGCACAGAUUUCUUGCUGCUUCUGCGAGCCUAGCAUCUGCUAUCUAAUUUCAGAACCUCCAUUCCCACGAUAGCUUUGAUGCAAACAGCAAAAAGAAGAAAGAAAUAUGAAAAAGAUUGGAAGCCUGUCAGACAGCCAAGAGACCAUCCCAACCAUGAACCCAUGGCUGAGAACGAUCCUCUACGGCUCAACCCAGUGAAGGUCUGGAGUUGUUAAUCACGCUCUAGUCUCUUGGCCAUAGUUCAUCCACCAGGCUUAGUUUCCUGUCUCCUCAGAACGCAAGGAUCCAGAGGUACGAGCCUAUAGAACAGAUCCUGUUCAAGUAAGGUCGUGCCCAGUUGUUUCCUUCAUCAACUUAUGUUUAGGACUAUUGUUUUCUAUGUGAGUAUGGUUAAGAGGAAUUGCCAAUUUGAGAUAUCACUAGGUGAAUCUUGCAUAUGUGUUUUUAGAGCAUGGUUCGAAUGUUGCCCCUAAUCGUCACAAUCCACUAUCGAGCUAACUAAAGGAGCCAAAGGAGUAGUCGCGCACAUCUCGAUCUGUCAAUCAGAAUCCCCGAGAAAACAUGGCCGCCAUAGCCGCCAAGUCAGUCUUCAGCUCUGCCGCCAUAUGUGCUCGGGCCGCCGCCACUUCAUCUAUCCGAACUGCUGCCACCAGAGCGGCCGCCGGAGCGAAGCGGAGGACUUCCGCGUCGCCCUUUGCCAUCCCCACUCAGAGACCUCUCACUUCGCGCAUUUUCAGGUCACCUGUGGAAUUGAGCUGUGUUAGAGUGGAAACUAUGCUACCGUAUCACACUGCAACUGCCUCUGCAUUGCUCAAUUCCAUGCUCUCAGUUGCGCCUCGCUGCUACGGAUGGACGCUUGAAGAUUGCAACGAUGGUGUAUGAUGAAUGUCAAAGGGUUCAAGCAAGGUUAUAUGCUCAUCAUCACUCUAGGAGAUUAUUGAAUAAGUAGAGUGCAGAAUAUGCAUGGUUGGAGGCAUAUCUCUUUUUGUUUGCAUGUGAUAUAUACUAGGGGCUUCAGAAUUCAGACCCUUGAUGAUCCAGAAUCUUUUGGAAAUGUUAUAAUUGGUUUGAUUUUAUCCUCUUUUCUGGGAUCAUUUAGCACUCUGUAUAAUCAUAUAUUCAUAUGUUUACUUAAUAAACGUGUUUUGGCCAAUUAUUUUGUGAUUAAUACAAGUAGUGAUGCUAAA